AUGAGGAGUUUAAUGUGCUACUCGAGGAGUUUGAUGUGCCGAACCCGGAUCAUUUCAGAAAUAUCCGUUGGCAAAAUCGUCGGGUCGAGCAGCCCGAGGAGAGAUAUAAUCGCACGUUGGAGCGAUUCAACAGGUACCUUUUAAGGAAUGAAACUUUGAAAUUGAGUAUUUUUUGGUUAUAUUUUUUAUGCUUUAUAGUGAGAUAACUUUUUGAUUUUUUUUUAUUUGCAGCCUAGGAUUUUUAUAAAACUUGAAACCGAUUUUUUUUUCCAUAUUUUGAUGUAAAAUAAUAUCUGAUACUAAUUUUUAAGUAGGGUUGUAUCAAAAAUUCAUUCAUAUAGUUUUUUUAAUUUAUGAAAUUUUGUCAUUUUUUUCAUUUUACGGAUCUUUCUUUGAAGAUGGAUAGUGCCAAAAAAAUUUGAAAGGUUUCAUUAUAAUUUUUAAAAAAAUAAUAAGGAAAUUUCUUUCAGUGCCGUCGCUUGCUUGCGUGAAAUUUGUAUCGAGAACGAGAUGGAGCAGAUUUCUCUCACAGAUUUGCCCGGACAGAUGAAGAAAGUUCGCGAGGAUCAGGUUUGUAAAUUUAAAAUGAUCAUGAAUUUAGGUACUCAUAGGCUAAUUUCAAAAGUUUUUAGGUCUUUCAAUAACAGUUUUGGCUACUUUAAAUGUUCAUAAAUGAUGAUAAAACUUCCAUUUUUCCAUUUUCAUUGGCUUUUCAGCAGUCUUUUUUUCCUGGAAAUUUUCUUGAAAUCCCUAUCUUCAAAAAAUCGAAAAAUUUUAAGUUUUUUUCAGAUAUUCUCUAAAGGUGAAAAAAAAAUCCUCUUUGAAAAAGACCUUGAAAUCGGCUUCGAAAUACUUCUUUUUUGAAAUUUUGCGAUUUUCAUUCGUUUUGAUUUGACAUUUUUAUGCCAUUUUCAAAGUAAUUCCGCGAGACUCAAAAUUUUCUCUGAUUCUCCAGAAUUUUGUAAUCUUUUUCAUUCUCUGACGGUUAUUUUAAGCUUCGCGACACUACAACAUAGUCAAAAAAGCAGGUCUUUUUCACGUGCUUAAUCGACAUUUUACAGGUCCAAAACAACGCCGGCGGCUACGUGUUCGCCGUUUCGAAGGCGACCCGGGUCCGCCGUUUCCUGAUCCUCGGAACCCAGGGCGCGACCUUCUACACGACGCAGAAGGAGCUGACCAUCGACAACGUGAUGGCUCUCACGGACAUCAUCGAUUCGGGCGACGCGGCGAUCCUUCUGAAGGAGAUCUACGAAAUCAACAAGGAAAACCGCAAUCCCAAACACACGCCCCUGCUCUACGCCCUGGCUCUUUGUGCCAGGUAGGGUCAUUGAAAAUUGAAUUCGCCCUUUUUUGAAACAAUCGUCUUUUGAAAUGUCGUUCUGUGGUUUUUAGAAGGCAGAUUUCACAUAGGCGACACGUUUUUUGUUUUGGUUUUUUGUUGCGGUUUACUUUAGAUAGAGAGAUAGAGUUGACCUCAAAUCAAAAGAAUUGUAAUAAUCUGAGCUUACAAAAAUAAUAAAAACCGAUUUUCGGAGCGAAAUGGUUCAAAACGAUUAACGAGUUCAAAUUCCAAGAAUAGUUUUGAAAAAAAUUGAAGAAAAAAACCUUUUUGAGUUCUUUUUUUGGUUCAAAAAAAUUCAAAUUGUACCUGCACAGGGAGCUUAUAGAAACUAGGAAAAAUUUUUUUCAAAUCCAAUUUUUCGAAAAAUCUAUUUUUAUCUAAUUUUAUGUGACUCGUAAAUUUGGAACUUUGAAGUUUCAGUCCAAAAAAAGUUCAUGGCAGCCAGAUUUUUCCAAGUUAUCGAAAGAUUUUACUUCUGGGAAAGUUUUCAGUGACCACUAUAGAGGCUCGCCAAGGAGUACUUGGAGAGGACACUAAUAUCCGUUUUAGUGACCUCUUCAGUAGUUUUUCAUCCAGUAUUCCUAUCGUUAACUCUGAUAAUUUCAAAACAAACAUAUUGGACCAGUUAUGAUGAUCGAUUGACCUCUAAAGUGGUCACUAGUUUUUAACCCCUCAUGUGCCCACUAAUUUGACUACUAUAGUGGCCACUAAAAAUUUUCCCAGUUCAGUAGUUAAGAGACACAAAAAAUAUUAGUUUCUCUUUCCAGGUACAACGUCGAGGACAGCCUUCUGCGGAAGCUCAGCGAGCAGGACAAGGCGAAGCCGAAGGAGGAAAGGCUCAAAGUCGCCCGGGGACAGUACAUCUCCGAAAUGCACUCGACGGCCCUCUCCAUGCUCGAAUCGGUAGGAAAUCCUGGAAAUUCAAUCAUCUCUUAUUCCUGUUAUUCUUGUAGCAGCUCUCAUAGUAGUUUGUAAGUAUGGUUUCCCUUCAAAAUCGAGUAUUUUUUCCUUUUUUUUUCCUUAUUCCUUUUUUUUUAAACUUAGUUUGACCUAAAAAAUCUUUUCCUCCACCCCCACUGAUAGCUUUAAAAUGAACAUUGAUUGAUUGAAAAGAAGACUUUUCUCUUCAAAAUAGAAAUUAAGGUCUGCCGCACGCCGACGCACCUCUUCGAGUUCGUCGGCUACUGCCAGUCCAUCUCCAAAGCCACCAACAAAUGCGCGACGAAGACGUCGACCGGCUGGGGUCGCUCCAUGCGAAAUGCCAUCAAUCGCUGGUCCGUUUUAGAAGAUGAGAACGAAAAAAAGAACUAUUCUCAUGCUAUUUGGCGCGCGAUCUUCACCCGUUUUUAGUCCCGAGGGCUCACCCGAAGCAUUUUUCUUCUGAGCCGAGCUUUACCCGGAGAAUGUUUGACGCGUUUUUUCACCCGUUUUUGUCCUACGGGCUAACCCGAAGUGGAAUUUUCGGCACGCUGAGUUUCACCCAAAAAAAAAAGUUGGACGUGCUUCUCAACCCUUUUUUCCCGCGGGCUCACCCGAAUCAUCAUUUUGCCGCUCCGAGUUCCACCCGAAAGUAGUUUGAAGCGCUUUUCAACCCUUUUUCGUCCGACGGGCUGACCCGAAACAUCAUUUUGCCGCUCCGAGUUCCACCCAAAAAAAAAGUUGGACGUGCUUCUCAACCCUUUUUUCCCGCGGGCUCACCCGAAACGAAAUUCUUCACUCCUAUCACCCGUUUUAGCCCUGCGAGUGCUCCGCAGCAUCCAAAAAGUCCUGGGGGAAUCCGAAAAUCACCCGUCCAGCAGAUUUUUAUGACAAUUUUGUCCCGCGGGUCACCCGUCGCAGCAUGAGAGUAGUGAAAAUAAUUUUUCCAAGAAUCAGCCCAUGAGAAACUUGAAAAAAAAAGUUUGUGCAAAGAACUUUCGAAUAUUCAAAAACUAAGAAGUUUUUAUUUUUGUCUCGUUUCCUGGAGCUUUGAAAAAACGUAAACUUAUUACAGACAUUAUCUUCAAACGAUCGUUUCCCUCCAUAAUUUUGAUAAAAUUAUUAUAAUUUGUUCCAGGUACACGACGAAAUCGGCGGAAACUCUGGCCCGCCUCAUGACCAAGUACCCGCAAAGGAACGGCUGGUCCCACCGCGACAUUUUCCGUCUCGCUCACCCAGUUCUCCACAAGGCCAUCGAGAACUUCAACGACUGUCCCGACCGUCUCGUCUACGAGCAGAUCUUCAAAUACGCCAUCAAAGGUGCGAAAUUGAGAAAGAAUGAGAUGGAUUUUGACAGUCGCGUAAUGGAGUCGAUUCACGGCUAACUUAGGGUACGAAAGGGGCGUGGCCUGUCUGCGCUCUCUAUCAAAAAAACACUUUCUAGUCUUCCUUUAUCCUGUCAGAACCAUUUUUUCUAUGUCUUCUGACAGCCGUUAAUCAGCUGUAGCUUGGGAUUUGAAGGGGCGUGGUCUGUCUGCGCUCUCCAUCAAUCAAGUACUGUCUAUCCAUUAUCUUUUUUCAAGGGCUCAAAAAAGUCGUGAAUCAGUUAUAGCCGUUCACACAAGAGCCGCAGAAAAAUAAGCCGUGAAAAUUUAUUUUUUGCUUUAAAAUGUGCUGAAAGUUUAGCCUUGAAUGAAAGAAGCUUAAAAAAUUGAGCCAUGAGUAUUCUAAAGAAAAAUCCAAUAAAUGAGCCGUUAAAAGUAGAUUUUUGACUUUUUGGCGAGAAAAGUUUUAAAAAAAAAGUGGAUCCCUAAAAAAAAAAAACAGAGGAGUAGUUGAAAAGGAAACUUCGAAGAAAAAAAUCUUAGAAAUAAGGUCAUGAAAAAAAAGACAGUGGGAACUGAGCUUCUAGGAGAAGCUAGAAAAAGCUGCAAAUAUUUUUCGAAAGUUCGAGAAAUUGUCCUCAGAACUCUAACAGUACUGGCUGAAGUUCUGUGACUUUUUCGCCUUUCUGCAAGAUUAUAAUUCAAAAUCUCAUCGACUUUAUUAACUUUUUGACUUCCAGGCACCCUGGAGAUCCGGAAGAGGCUCCUGCCUCCAACCGAGGAGCAAAGCCCUGAGCCUGGAGCCCGUUACACCGAAUUGCAGUUGGACAAUGAGCGCGACAGCCGGUUCGUAGUACGAAAAAUUGACGGAAAUUGAAAAAAUCAUUUUCAAGGCCUUGAAACGCUAAGAAGGGGCUUAGAGUAUCGCGAAAAGGUUACCUAGAACCAAAAAUUAAGUGCGCGUGUCGGUAUCUUUCAGUAUUUGAGCAGGAAAGUUGCUAAAAGUCGGGCGCAGUAGUAAUAAUUUAUUUCUUACUGUCGAAGUGUAGCGCGACCAAAAUGCCUGGAAGUGUGACUACAUGGAUUUUCAAGGCGUUGAAAACUACAGUCAGAUUUGAAAGAAUAUUCUAGAUCUCAAAAAUGUAGAAUUUCUAGUGAAGUAUAGGUCAAGUAUAGGAGCUGCAUGCAGCGAAAAGGCUCAAUCUCUGCCAUCGGCCUUUGGAAAGCCGGCACCGUACUUCUUCCUACGACCUCUCUUGUACCUGAUGUUCUACGAGCGAAAUUUACAGCUUCUCUGCCUAAGCCACAGCUCCUGCCGCCGUUUAAACACAGUUGAAAUCAAUAAAAGUCGAUUGCACAUGUAUUCUUACAUUGAAGAUGCAAUAAACAAUAGGUCAAUAUAUGAAAAUUCAAAUUUUCAGAUCGCUCGACCUCAUCGAGACCUACUUGAAGCUGAAGAACGAGAAGUCUGAGCAGGAAAUCGUCGCUGCGAUUCUAAAACACAGUGCGUGAGAAAAUGGGGAAAAAUUGGAUUUUUAGAGCAAAACUAGUAUUAUUUUUGAUUUUGAGACAUGAAAUGUAUGUAGUAAGGUGAACUGAAAAAAAGGAGUCAAGUUUUUCCUAAAUCGAAAUAAUAGGUGAUAAAUAUUAUGUGAUUUCAGCACCUUUAAGAAGGUCCUGUAAUUUUCUGAAUACAGAAUGAUUUAUUUCAAAAAUGCAAAAAAUGACCCAAAGAGUAAAGAUUUUAAGAAGGUUUUGAAAUGUUAUGGAUCGGGGAAAAUUCAAUUUUUAGACUUCAAGCCCAUUUAAAAGCCGGAAAAAGCUCGAGAAAUAAUGGUUUUUUUUAAACCAGAAAAAUGAGAAUUCUGACUCUAUUCGGUGUGAAAAGUGAACCCGCGAAGUACAAAAUGGCCGUUAGAGAGUGAAAAAGAUAACUAGAUUUAGGAGAGUCAGAGAUAAUUUCGAACUUCGCGGAAUUUGGUUCGAACUUCUUUUUAUUUAAAUUGAGACAUUAACCUUGAAAAUAAAGACUUUAAUUUUAAAAAAAGUGGUGAUAAUAAGAGUUUCAAUCAAAUAAAAAAGUGGAAUUUGAUAUUAGUAGUUAAAAUAAUGAGAAUUUAUUCCCAGAACUUUCCCGCGAACACUUGCCGACGGAUUCGCUGAAGAGCGUCAACGUGUGGCAGGCGCUAUUAGACGUCGACAUGCCGAUGACGGCGAUGAUCAGAAAUCUCGGCAAGAUGUCCUCCAUCGAGUGCCUUGAUGCGUUAGUAUCGAAAAACUGAUGUAUUCCUCUAACUGUUCCAAUUUUCAGCUCCCGCGUUGAAUAUAUCGUCAAGAAGCUCAACGAUCAGGAGGAACUGCGCAGGGCUCGCAUCCAUCCGCUCAAUGUGCGCUUUUUUAACUUUUCUCCGUCUGACCUCUCUGCGCUCUCUUUUCCCUCACCGGAGAGGCCAAAGAGCAGGAAAAUAGGAGAGCAUCGUUGAGAUGUGAGAGAGCGCAGAGAUUUCAGUUUUCGAAGGAAUUUGAGCCUCAAAAUUAGAAAAAAACUCAUUUGAAAAAAAAGUCAAUGGAAAAAAAAACUAAUACUACAAAGUUAAGUUUCACUAUCGAUUUUUUAAUUUUGGUCCGCAAAAAAUGUUCCCAAUGACGAGGUCAAUGAAAGAACAUAAAUAGAGCUUUGAAAGUUGUGAAAUUUUUUUUAGAAUCUGAAGCAUUCUCGAUUUGAAUUGGAGACGUAUUUUUUGAAAUUUUGACCAAGUCAAGACAGAAAAAGAAGCUUAUACCGUGUUCAAAGGGGUUCCGCAAAACUCAAAACUGUUGUCAGAGGGGGGAGAAGAUAGAUAUAUUUUAGAGAGUCUGAGAUAAUUUUGAAAUCCGCGGAAAUCGCAUUGAACACAGAUUUAUGAGCUGAAGCGAACUUUUCCGAUUUUUUUGAGUUAUCUAUAAAAAAAAUUUCGAAAAAAACGAGGGAAUGGGAGUUCCUUCUGAAAAAAUAUGUUUUGUAGAACUCUUCUAAUAUUUAUUUUUUUAAAAAAAUUUUUUUCAUUCCCAAGUUGAGGAUAACUUUUCCCUAAAAAUCAAUAAAGGAAAAAUAUGUUGAUAAGUGUUCUUUACAGGUUCUCCUCGCGAAGGCCGUCUACGAAUCGGGCAGAGGUGACAAGGGAAGCCUCUCCUGGUCGCCGAAUUAUGACGUUUGACUGAAAAAUAAUCACGAUUUUCUCAAAAAUCGGAUUUCAGAUCAUCGACGCGCUCGAGUCGGCCUUCUACAAAUCGUUCGUGAACGCCCCCAAAACCGGCCUCCGCUAUUGCUUGGCCCUCGAUGUUUCUGGAAGCAUGAGCGCGGCGAUCUCCGGGACUGCGCUGAGCUGCCGCGACGCCGCCACCGCCAUGUCGAUGAUCCACUUGAAGAACGAGGACAAUGUUCGUAACGGGGAAGACAUAGCCGCCAAAAAAGGGCUGAGAGAGUAGUUUGUGCGCGCCGCCUUGUCCAUGGUUCGCUAGAAGAAUGAGAAGAAAUAGCCGCAAAAAAAGCUCAGGAUGAAGUUUAUGCGCUCCAAGGAACUUCUGUAGCAUGUAUCUUUAUUUAGCGAAAAUAGCCUCGACAAAGUUGGGGCUAAAGUUUAGGCGCUCUAGGGAAAGUCUUUUUGAUGGUCCCCUUGAAGAAAUAGAGAAAAUCCCUGAUGGUAAGAAAUAGCCGCAGAUAAGAGCUCUGACUGUAGUAUUUGCGCUCUAGGGGACGUCCAUGCUUUCCUAGUAAAAAGAGAGAAUAAAUAGCCGCAAAAAUCAGCUUUGGCCAAAGUUUAUGCGCUCCACGGUACUUCUGUAGCAGGCUCAAAAAAUGGCAAAAAUCGCCUUGAAAAAAGUUGGGAAUGAACUUUAUGCGCUCCAAAAAACACGGUGUGAAAGUCACUAAAAAAUUUAAAGAAAAAAAGCCGAGGAAAAUGGCUCGAAAUUAAGUUUCUUCGCUCUGAGGAACUUCAUGUUCAAUGAAAACCUGAAAAGGGCGCAAAAAUACUUGCUUCAAUGUCAUUUUUUUUUCAGGUGGAAUGCGUCGCGUUCUCUCAUAAGUUGGUCGAGUUGCCUUUCGACAAGGAGAUGAGCAUGUCGGAUGUCAACGACUACAUUGUCAGGCUUCCGGUGAGAAAAACGUCAAAGAAACGGCAAAAUGAUGGACUUUUUCUUCAGUUUGGCUCGACGGACUGUGCUCAGCCGAUGCUGUGGGCCGCUGAGAACAGCAAACUUUUCGACGUCUUCAUCGUUUAUACCGAUUGCGAGACCUACUUUGGAAAUGUGAGGGAAAAAAAUAGUUCAAAUAUAGGAACUUUUGUGCAUAGCUACGGCUGGCUUGAUUCAUCGAAAUAAGGGAUAAUUAAAAAGAUAGUUCCUGGCUCGUGGAGAGCGCAGACAGGCCACGCCCCCUUAGCGUCCCAAGUUAGCCGUGAAUCGGCUAUAGUUAUUUAAAUGCAAGGAAGAAAUUCAAAUUGAAAAUAUCUUGUUUUUCAAAAGAAAAGUUGGGGAACUUGACUAAAAAUCUUGGAUCCUGAAACUGUGACAUGAGUUCAGACACCGACUAAAUUCCGAAAAACCUCAACCGUUCAAAAUUUCCAGGUGCACCCGUUCAAGGCCCUGCAGCAGUACCGCGAGUCGAGCGGUAUCCUCGACGCGAAACUCGUCGUGAUGGGCAUGACGGCGACCAACUUCACGAUCGCCGACCCCCAGGACGCCGGCAUGCUCGACGUCGUCGGCUUCGACUCGGCCGUCCCCCAAAUCCUCCACGAGUUCGUCACCGGCAAAAUUUGA